AUGAAAAUAAAGGAUCUUUUCAAAGUCGAAACCCUUGACCACCGCUUCGAACCCAAGGACUCCUCCCCACUGCCCACCGCGCGACCUUCAAGAUGGAACACGGCAGAAUACUACAUCUACUACGCCGCCUUCCUCACCAUUCCCAUUCUAAUGUUCAAAUCCGUCCACGAUGUCUCCCAACCUAGUCACCCAGGCUUCGCGAAGUACGAAGGUCUACUCGAAGACGGGUGGAUCUUUGGCCGCAAAGUCGACAAUAGUGAUGCGCAGUAUCGUGGUUUUCGGGCGAAUGUGCCGUAUUUGCUCCUUGUGGCUAUCCUUCAUCCACUGUUGAGGAGGGGCGUUGAGUAUGUCAUCAAUGCUCUCGGCAAAGAUUCUGGCGGUGUCAAGUCCGUUGCUUCAGUGAACCCCAACACCCGCCUUCAACGGCGUGCGACUUUCGAUGUAGUCUUCGCUGCCGCCCUUCUAAUGGUAUUCCAUGGCUUGUCGGCAGCGAAGGUCCUCUUAAUACUCUGGCUGAACUUCCAAAUCCCCACGAAAUUGCCCAAGCAGUACGUAGCUGUCGCCACCUGGACUUUCAACAUCACCAUCCUGUUUGCCAACGAGCUCUGCCAUGGCUACCGGUUUGCGGAGAUUGCCGCUUUCGUGCUACCGCCUCAAACGACUUUGGCAGGUGAGCAGGCGGAAGCGGGCUGGGGAGCAUGGCUGGAUGGGUACGGAGGCCUCAUCCCGCGCUGGGAAAUCCUCUUCAACAUCACCGUCCUACGUUUGAUCGCGUUCAACCUCGACUACCUCUGGAGCAUGGACCGCCGCGCAGGUGACCCAUUGGAGAAGAAGAACCUCGAUCCCGCCCACCUCUCCGAACGCGAUCGCGUCGCCGUCGGCGCCUCAUCCAGCGACUUCACUUUCCUCAAUUACCUCGCCUACGUCCUCUACUCGCCCCUUUACCUCACGGGGCCCAUCAUCAACUUCAACGACUACAUCGCUCAAUCCCGGUACCCGCUCCCCAGCACCGUCCAUUCACACCCCUCCCCCUCCGACCCAGGCAGGACCCGUAUAGUGGGCUACAAAACCAUAGCUCCCUACGCCCUCCGCUUCGCCCUCUGCCUCCUAACCAUGGAAUUCGUCCUGCACCACCUCUACGCCGUUGCCAUCUCCAAAUCCCACCCGGACUGGAGUACCUACACCCCCUUCCAACUAAGCAUGCUAGGUUACUUCAACCUCCACAUCAUCUGGCUCAAAUUACUAAUCCCCUGGCGCUUCUUCCGUCUCUGGAGUUUACUCGACGGCAUCGACCCGCCGGAGAAUAUGGUGCGGUGUAUGUCGGACAAUUACUCCGUGCUCGCGUUCUGGAGGGGGUGGCAUCGCAGUUUCAAUCGGUGGAUUGUGCGAUACAUCUUCAUUCCGCUUGGUGGGAGUCAGAAGAGUGGGAAGGGCAGUGGGUGGCGAGCGGCGCUCAACUACGCAGCCGUCUUUACGUUUGUGGCGUUAUGGCAUGAUAUCAACCUGCGCCUGCUUAUCUGGGGCUGGUUGGUCGUCGUUUUUGUCUUGCCGGAAACUCUUGCACGAUUGGCUUUCCCCGCUAGCAAAUUCAAAACCCGACCGAACGCUUACCGUUGGCUUGCGGGCGUGGGCGCGGUGGGGAAUAUUCUCAUGCUUAUGGCUGCGAAUUUGGUGGGGUUUGCUGUAGGGUUGGAUGGGUUAAAAGGGUUGGUGGAGGGGAUCGUAGGGAAUUUGGGCGGGAGGGUGUUCUUUGUGGCGGCGUGCGCGACGUUGUUUGUGGGGGUGCAGGUGAUGUUUGAGUGGAGGGAGGGGGAGAGGAGGAGGGGGGUUGAGAUGAAGUGUUGA